AUGACGGAAGACAUAGACAAUCUACAAACCAUCUGCCACAAAGUGAUCAAUCAGAAAGACAAACUUCACAUGAACCACAACAAGUUGGCUGCAGAGAAGGAUCAGUUACAAGCCAGUUACACCAGUUUGGCCAAAGAGAGAGACCAGUUACAAACUAAUUAUGACAGCAUGAAAAGUCUGAGAGAUCAAUUACAAAUCAAUUACAACAGCCUGGCAGAGGAGAAAAAACAGUUACAAAUCAGUUAUGACAACAUUAAAACUCAAGAAAAUCUUUUACAAACCAAUUACAGCAAGCUAACGAAAGAGAGAGACCAGUUACAAACCAAUUACAACAACAUGACAAGUCAGAAAGACCAAUUACAAAUCAUCUACAACAACCUAGCAGAGGAGAAAAAACAGUUACAAAUUAGUUACGACAACAUGACAAGUCAGAGAGAUCAAUUACAAAUCAAUUACAACAACCUGGCAGAGGAGAAAAAACAGUUACAAAUCAGUUAUGGAAACAUUAAAAGUCAAAUAAAUCUUUUACAAACCAAUUACAGCAGGCUAACGAAAGAGAGAGACCAGUUACAAACCAAUUACAACAACAUGACAAGUCAGAAAGACCAAUUACAAAUCAUCUACAACAAUCUAGCAGAGGAGAAAAAACAGUUACAAAGCAGUUACAAGAGUGUAAGAACUGAGAAAGAAAAGUUACAAAGAGAGAAAAAUCAGUUACAAACCAGUUACAACAACCUGAGAUAUCAGCCAGAUCAGUUACAGAGGGAGAAAAAUCAGUUACAAACCAAAUACAACAACCUGUUAAAUCAGCGAGAUCAGUUACAGAGGGAGAAAAACAAACUGAAUGAAUAUGUUCAGGAGGGAUGGAAGUCUUUUAGCUCCAGUGUUUACUACAUCUCUAGUGAGAGAAAGAACUACAGUGAGAGCAGACAGGACUGCAGAGAUAGAGGAGCAGACCUGGUCAUCAUAAACAGUAAAGAAGAAGAGGAUUUCAUUAGUAGUUUGAACAAGGUGUGUAACUGCUAUGCUUGGAUUGGUCUGACUGAAGUAAGAGAGGGGGGGGUGUGGAAAUGGGUGGAUGGCACAGCACUGACCACUGGGUACUGGGAGAGAGGAGAGCCAAACAAUAAUGGCCCUGCCAGAAAUGAGGAUUGUGAUCCUGGCAGCAGCAUUCUGGACAAGCUGAAAACUUUUGAUACUGGAGGUCAGUAG